GUGAGGACCCCGGGGUCCUGGAGUCCCAGGUGCCGACCCGCCUGGGGUCCCGGGAGCAUCUGUGAGCGCUCGGCUUGGGCGGCUGUGUGGUGUCCGCAGGCUUUUGUCUGCGCGCGGGGUUUCUGUCCCCAGACCGGGCGCUCACCCCACAGCCAGGGCUGGCUCCCCACCUGGAUUAUCAGCGCCUUCCUGGGGGCACGGGGUAUAUGGGUUUAUCUCCGGCUACAAACCCAGCUUAACCGGGGGUGGAGGGGCUUAAAACCCGGUCCACCGGAGCCCGCCUGUCCUCGGAGGGAGCCUGGAAGCCGGUGGAGCGCACCCAUAUGGGUGUAGACACCCCUCCCCCAUGUGAGUGUGGAUCCGGUGGGUCCCAGAUUUCCUUUGAACCCUGGAGUUUAGGCAGAAACACCAGGGUUCAAAGGGUGUGGUCCACCGGUCCCGUGCCUCAGUUUCCCCACUUGUAAAAUGAGAUAACAACAGUGGCCUCAGAGUGGCUGGGGGUCAGUGACCCUGUGCCCCCUGAGGUGCCCAGCACAGGAGUGUCCAUUCUUUCAUUAUCUUAAACAUCUUAUUAUUGUAAUUUUAUUAUUAUUUUUAAAGGAUUUUAUUGUCUUAUUAUAUUUGUUAUUACUUUAUUGUUAUUUAUUAUUAGCUUGUGUUAUCUAAUCUGGGCAUUUACCUGAGGCCUUACUGAUCUCUACAUAUAUCGGUAUUUACCGGGAUGAGAGAUAAUACUUCUUUUAAGAGGCCUUAGCCUGGGUAUUUACCUGCCAGGUGUGUUACUCUGACCUGCACGGAGUGCCCCUCACCUCUGUGUUUUGGGGGGUGAGGCCACUGCUGGGUGGCCCCACCCAGCCUGAGUCAUCUCUACCCUGAGCCCUCUUGGUUUCCUGCUAGGGAAGUAGGUUCCUCUCUUGCCCAUCCCUGAGGGGGGUGGACAGGUCAGAGGAGUUGAUUUUGGCCCAGGGCAACAGUGUCAAAAUUCCCCAUUUCAGGGAGCAGAACUGGGGGCAAUAGGAUCUGGUCCUCCCAAACCCAACCUGACUUAGCAGCUGUUCACCAUUGGGCCUGCCCACUGGGCACACAUUUCCUGAGGACUGCUGGUCCAGGAAGCCUCGGGUGCCCGCUCUGGAUCCUCAGUCUCCCCAUCUGUAGAGUGGUCUUUUGGGUGGCACAGAGAGCAGAUGAACAGCUAUUGAGCACCCGCUGUGGGCCCGGUGUUGGGGACACAGCAGAGACCAAAACGACGACUUCGUCAUGUGUCCUCUUUGCACAGGUCUAGCAAGGAAGGUGAGGAUUAAGGAAUAAACACACACAUGGGCCGGCUGAUCUUGGAUGCCAACUGGUGAAGCAUGCAAACAGGGCUGAUUGGGCUAGUGGGGGCUGAGGCGGCUUCUGGGGAGGUGACAUUUGAGCAGAGGCUAGAAAGAGCUGGGAAAGGGUGCUUCAGGCAUAGGGCUCAGCACAUGCAGAGAUCCUGAGGUGGGUUGUUUCUGGCCAGUUUGAGGCACAUGGAGGGAAUCCAUGUGGCUGGAGCAGAGGAAGCCCCCAGAGGAGAGAUGGGGUUGGGCAUUGAUGUUUUGCCAGGUAGAGAUAAUUUUCUAUAGAGUUUACACUGAUAGUCAACACCCCUCCCCCCAGCCUUUAUAACAAAUAAGAAUUACUGGGAAACUGUGCCCUUCCCCCUUUAUGCCUUGUCCUCUCUGUGUCUUGAGUGGAGGGACCCAGGCACCCCGUAGCCACAUGUUUCUUAUCUCCUGCUGGAAUCUGGUUGAAGUUAGCAAGCUUGAAUGGAUGGUGGACUCAUUUGACAGUGCUCAGCUCAGCACUUGAGGCCCAUAAGAGGGUAGUAAGCCCCCUGAAUGACUGGGGACAAGGCAGACAGGGUCUCCAACACCAGGUCAAGGAAGAGCUGGGCCUUUCUCUGACAGUGCUAGGGAGCCACGGGUGGUGGUGGAACAGGGGAGGGGCCUGUUGGGUCUUAGCUAGGUGGGCUUUCGUCUGAGGAACCCACCACAGAUCUCUGUGAACCCACAAGUGAAACAAGAGGCUUCCUUUUGUUGUAUGUGGGGGUUCUGUUCAGACUCAGGUUCAAAUCUUAGCUCUGCUCCUCCUCUGGGGGUGCCAGGAAACCCUUUUUCUCAGAGAGCCCAUGCCAUAAGGGCUGGAGCUCUCUCCCUGAGUCCUGCCCUGCUCUGAUGUCUGAUAGCUCCCCCCAGGAUGUGGCUUCUGUUAUCUGCCCAACCAGGCUACCAUCCUGGACUCUGUCCAGCUCCUGGAGUGGAGACCGAGGCCCUAGAGCCCCAGGGAGGCCAUGGGUGAAUCUGGAGGUUGGGGUGGGCAUGCUUGAGCCUCGGGAGUCAACUCUCAGGUCGGAUCCUGUGCUGACUUGAUAUGUGAAUGCUCACCCUCGGGAUGUUGCUAUGAUCAUUGGUGUGGCUGAGGGGGGGAGCUCCCCAUCACAGGAGAAAACCAAGCAGAUGGGGGUUGGGAUGCCAGGGGAGGGUGCCUGUCCCAGCUUCUCUUGGCUUUGAAUGUCCUCUCCCAGACUCACAGGCACCCACAGGCACCUCUCGGGAUGCCUGCCCGCCCUAGCUGGCUCCCAAGUGAAGAGGUUCUCGGCCUCCAAGCGGAAGCAGCACUUCAUCAACCAGGCCGUGCGGAACUCAGACCUUGUGCCCAAGGCCAAAGGGCGGAAGAGCCUCCAGCGCCUAGAGAACACCCAGUACCUCCUGACCCUGCUGAAGACAGACGGGGACACACUUGGUCCGGAGGAUGGGGACCUGGCACCCCCCGCAGCACCUGGCAUCUUUGCGGAGGCCUGCAGCAAUGAGACCUAUGUAGAGGUCUGGAAUGACUUCAUGAACCGCUCUGGGGAGGAGCAGGAACGGGUCCUCCAAUACCUGGAGGACGAGGGCAAGAGCAAGGCCCGGAGAAGGGGACCUAGCCGGGGGGUGGACCGGAGGAAAGAGGACCCAGCCUACACUCCCCGAGAGUGCUUCCAGCGCAUCAGCCGGCGUCUGCGAGCCGUUCUCAAGAGGAGCCGCAUCCCCAUGGAAACGCUGGAGACCUGGGAGGAGCGGCUGCUGAGGUUUUUCUCAGUAUCUCCCCAAGCCGUGUACACGGCCAUGCUGGACAACAGCUUCGAGAGGCUCCUACUCCAUGCUGUCUGCCAGUACAUGGACCUCAUCUCAGCCAGUGCCAACCUGGAGGGCAAAAGACAGAUGAAGGUCAGCAAUCGACAUCUGGACUUCCUGCCUCCUGGGCUGCUCCUGUCCGCUUACCUGGAGCAACGCAGCUGAUGCCAGCCUGCCCGCCCCUCCCCCCCUUCCCUUCAAGAUCCCCUAUACCUCCACUAAAAUGUUUGUUAAUUUUAGAAUUUGUCAUGCUGCCCCCCUUGGGGUGGCACUCCCACCCUAGCCCCAUCCCAUCCCAUCCCAUCCCAGCUCUUCCAGGUAAAUGCUGGCGCUGGAGCUGCUGUAGACUAUACUGGGCCCGUAACUCCCUGCUCUGGUACUUGUAUUUGGGUGGAGAGACCUUCAGUCAGCUUCCACAGCCCAGUCUGAAGCUUACGCAAGGAGGGAGAGGCUAGGUUUUUAUCACUUUUAAUGAAUUCGGGAUGAUGUGUUGUAGAUUUUUAAAUUUUCCUUUUGGGAAGAAAAACCAAAUACGCCAACUGAUAAAUUAGGGGCUUUGUUCUAGUCCCUGCUUGACUUCCCUCCCAGUUUUUGGCUAGAAUUGGGGGGUCUCUGGGGUGCUGCCCCUCACUCCAGGAGCAUUACGUGUUGUGUGUGCGUAUGCGUGUUAUUAUGCAUGCUGGUGUCCUGCUACCCAGGACAGCAGCUGUGUCUUAAAGGCUGGUUUUACCCUCUUUGGAAUGUGUGUUUCCUCCCCGGGUGCUUUUUGGUGGCUCUUGGGGCCCUGCCUGCUCUACAACCCCUCCCCCCAUCUUUUCUCCUCUCUUCAUACUGGGAGUCUGGGACUUCCAGCCAGAAGCCUCCACCCUCCCACUGCCAACUUCCCCUCUCCAUGUUCUCUCACCACUACCCCAUCCCCCAGCCUGACCCUGGUCUAUAGCUUUGAGGUGUUACCCUGACCUGGGCCACAGAAGCAGGCCUGGGGGACACCCCUCCACACACUGCCGUAUGUGUGGCUAGUUGCGCUUUGGGAAAAGUGAAGAAUUCAAUAAAUUUCUGGUGCUCUGGUCUCCA